AUGUUGAUUUUAAAGUUACAAGCCUUUUUCUGCUUCUUCCCAGCCAGGUCUCUAGACAAACUUUAUAAUUUUGCUGAUUGCUCUGGACUCCACCUGAUAUUUGCACUAAAUGCACUGCGUCGUAAUCCCAAUAACUCCUGGAACAGUUCUAGUGCCCUAAGUCUGUUGAAGUACAGUGCCAGCAAAAAGUACAACAUUUCUUGGGAACUGGGAAAUGAGCCAAAUAACUAUCGAACCAUGCAUGGCCGGGCAGUAAAUGGCAGCCAGUUGGGAAAGGAUUACAUCCAGCUGAAGAGCCUGUUGCAACCCAUCCGGAUUUACUCCAGAGCCAGCUUGUACGGCCCUAAUAUUGGGAGACCCAGGAAGAACGUCAUCGCCCUCCUAGAUGGAUUCAUGAAGGUGGCAGGAAGCACAGUGGAUGCAGUUACCUGGCAACAUUGCUACAUUGAUGGCCGGGUGGUCAAGGUGAUGGACUUCCUGAAAACUCGCCUGUUAGACACACUCUCUGACCAGAUUAGGAAAAUUCAGAAAGUGGUUAAUACAUAUACCCCGGGAAAGAAGAUUUGGCUUGAAGGUGUGGUGACCACCUCUGCUGGAGGCACAAACAAUCUAUCAGAUUCCUAUGCUGCAGGAUUCUUAUGGUUGAACACUUUAGGAAUGCUGGCCAAUCAGGGCAUUGAUGUUGUGAUACGACACUCAUUUUUUGACCAUGGAUACAAUCACCUCGUGGACCAGAAUUUCAACCCAUUACCAGACUACUGGCUCUCUCUCCUUUACAAGCGCCUGAUCGGCCCCAAAGUCUUGGCUGUGCAUGUGGCCGGGCUCCAACGGAAGCCACGGCCAGGCCGAGUGAUCCGGGACAAACUAAGGAUUUAUGCACACUGCACAAACCACCACAACCACAACUAUGUUCGAGGGUCCAUUACACUUUUUAUCAUCAACCUGCACCGGUCAAGAAAGAAAAUCAAACUGGCUGGGACUCUCAGGGAUAAGCUCGUGCACCAGUAUCUGCUGCAGCCCUAUGGACAGGAGGGCCUCAAGUCCAAGUCAGUGCAACUGAACGGCCAGCCCUUAGUGAUGGUGGACGAUGGGACCCUCCCUGAACUGAAGCCCCGCCCCCUGCGGGCCGGCCGGACGUUGGUCAUCCCUCCAGUCACCAUGGGCUUUUAUGUGGUCAAGAAUGUCAACGCUUUGGCCUGUCGCUACCGAUAA